ACAAUAGCAGUAUCAAAUAUUUCGUUCACAAUUCUCCUAAAGUAGUGGUUUGAAUCGAUCCUGGGAAAGGACAUUUUCGAUAGCAGUUGCUGUGAUAAAGGAUUCAAAGAAGAAAACAAAGCAAAAUGAUGAAGCUGAUCGUUUCUCUGUCCGUCCUGAUUGCCCUGACCGUGGCCGCCCCUGCCUCCAACCCAGAUGAUGCGAAUGCCACCAUCUUGACACAGGAAAACGUCCAGGAACCAGAUGGAACCUACGCGUGGAAAUUCUCCAGCAGCAACGGCAUUCAGGCUGAAGAAAGUGGCAAGGGAGGAGAAUCGGUGCAAGGAUCCGCCUCCUGGGUCGGCGAUGACGGAGUGCCAAUUGUGCUGACAUACACCGCCGAUGAAAAUGGUUUCCACCCACAGGGAGCGCAUCUGCCCACUCCACCACCAAUCCCAGACUAUAUCCUUCGGGCUCUGAAAUACAUCGAAGCCCACUCACAGAACAACUAAGUUAUUACUGUCGACGACUUCCAGAAUGGUGGAAGUUAGUAUGGACCCUCUCUACUACCAGCUCAUCAACACGAUUGGGGAAAGCUUGGGUGAACAUCGAGAUUUUUUGUUUGAAUGGUUUCUCCAGCGCAACGUAAUAAUUCAACUACUGCCACUUACUGCACUACAGUCAUCUCAAUGUACAUUUA